GCGCAGACUCAUGAUAGUAACACACUCCGUUACCCGUAACACAAAUUUCGCCGCAAAAUGUUAAAAAAUAGAAAAAGGUUUUAAUUUAAAAUGUUAUUGAGACUAUCGCCUUGUAUUUGAAUUGCUUUUUGUCCUGCUGUUUAUAGGACUGCUUUAGAAUGGUUUUAGUGGGCGCGAAUUUUCUAACAAUUCCUAGAAUUUUAAAUACGGCUUAGAAAUUUUCCAUGAGAUCUGGGAAUUUUGUUGAUAAAACAAGAUGAGCAAAGCGCCACGGUCAAACUACCGACCAAACAGGGGCGGCGGAAAGUUUAACAAACCAAACGAGAAGCCAGAUAACACAGAUCCUACGGACAGUAGCGUGAAACCACGAGUCAAAGGGAACCAGGCAACGGGAAACAGCGACAAACCACAAACGGGGACUAAAAAUGGGAGAGAUCGAGCGAAAAACACUGGGAGCGCAAACCAGGGCAAAGGGAAACGGAGUAGCGGAGACACUAAAAGUGGUGCUAGGGUAGAAACGAAAGCUAACCGGAGCGUUGGAGCUAGUAGAUUUGGUGGUAAAGAUGGUAUUAAAGCGCCAAUAAGACCAGAUAGUAGAGACAGAAAAGGAGAACAAGUGAAUAUUAUCCGGCAAUUAGAAUCAUUACAAGGUCCAUCCAGCAGUGAACCUAUAAAUGCCGGUUUAGAUUUUAAUGUUAUUGAUGAGAUGCCAAAGAAAGCUAUCUAUGCAAAAGGGGGAAGACAGCGAUCUCAAGCACCUGUACAGAAUUUACACAUGACGGAACAAAACCAGGAUAUGAUACACGAUAUGCUGAAAGACCUACAGAUAGAACCUGUAUCAGAUGCACUAGAUGACAUAGACUUUGACGAGCUAGAGAGAGAUGAGGAAUACUGGGGCAGUAUUGGCGACCAGAGACUGCAAAUCCAGGAUGUGCUGACAUUUGCUGGGUUUGAUGGUGCUAAGACUGAUGAGAAUUUUACAGAUGGCAACCCGUAUGCACUAAGAAAGCUUCUACAAUCCGGCUUUGAGAAACAGAGAUGUAUUGACGCACUGAAGAAAUAUGAUGAUGAUGUUGGGGCUGCAUUAGAGGCACUUUUGGUAGGUGCAUGUAAAUUGGAAAAUAUUGGAAAAGUCAACCCUGAGUUCACUCCUGAGCUGUAUGAAGAAGCAAAAUUCCAAAGAGGGGAGGAACUGGUUGCUAUCCAGUCAAUCUACGAAGACACGUUCACCGAGGCAAUACCUGAUAGAUUGUGGAUUAUAAAAUUGUCAAUGUCAUUUAUCGAAGAGUUGUACACACCAAAGCCUAAAAAGAACCCAAGAACAGAGAAGGAGAAAAAACCUACUCCAAAUAAAAACAUCUGUAGAUUUUAUUUAAAAGGAAAUUGCAGGUAUGGAUACCUUUGCAAAAAGAGCCAUGCUGUUGAGGAAGUUGAAGAAGAGAAAGAUGACAGACAUUUACAAACAGACAUCAAAGCCAUGAUUUUCAAUCUUGAGGUGCGCUUCCCUGAGGGAAGUAUUUACCCAUUUGAACCACCAAUAAUAACCCUUUAUACAACACACGAGUUUGUCCCCCCACAUGUAUCGCUUAAUAUUACUCUUCGGCUCAGCAAUGAGGCUAUGGAGCUCACCAAAUCUGGGCUCCCUGUGUUAUUCUCACUUAUUAGUUUACUUGAGGAUAAAGAUGAGCUGAUGAAGUACAUUGAGCGACCUCCAUCAGAAUACAGCAGGUCUGAGGAGAGUGUGAGGCCCCUGUGGGUGGCACAGCCAGGCUUGCAGGAUGCUGAAGGUGGUGGAGAUGAUAAUAGGGUUGACAUGACACCAAAGGAAAGAAGGCAAAAGAAGGACAUCAGCGUUGAUGAGAAGGAAACCUUGAACAGAAAGUUGAAACUUCAAUUUGCAAAACAAAAGGCAUCUCCAGCAUACAAGGCCAUGCUUCAAGAUAGACACAAGCUGCCUGCCUGGACAAGUUGUGAGGAGAUUAUUAGCACCCUUGACCAACAACAAGUGCUUGUCAUCAGCGGCAUGACAGGGUGCGGUAAAACCACACAGAUUCCCCAGUUCAUCUUGGACAGCUACUUGGAGAGAGAAAAGGGCGCAGGGUGCAACAUUAUCUGCACUCAACCUCGCCGCAUCUCUGCAAUGAGUGUGGCAGAGAGGGUGGCGGCCGAGAGGGCAGAGAAGCUUGGUGACAGUGUAGGCUUCAAGGUUCGACUUGAGAGCAAACAGUCCUCAUCAACACGCCUCCUGUACUGCACCACAGGAAUUCUGUUGCGGUAUUUUGAGAGUGAUUCAACAUUAGCAGGUGUCAGUCAUGUGGUUGUCGAUGAGGUCCAUGAGAGAACAGAAGAGAGUGACUUUUUGAUGAUGGUGUUACGAGACCUGAUAAUGGAAAGACCUGACCUUCGUGUCAUCCUCAUGAGUGCCACUCUGGACUCCAAGCUCUUCUCCGAGUAUUUCUAUGAUGCACCAGUUAUACACAUUCCAGGCCGUACCUUUCCUGUACAUGAGUACUAUCUUGAGGAUGCGCUUGAGAACACAGGGUUUCUCGUGGACCCAAGCUCGCCGUACGCCAGGCCCGUCAAGCGCGCUAAUGCGGCCCCCAAGUCUGGCAACUUCAAAGGCGCGGGUAAAGCGCAACAGCUUAUCCAGGACUCAGAGCUAGUGGAGAGCGUCACGGAGCAGUGUCAAAUGCCGGCUAACAACCUACAGGACCAGAACCUGACCGAGGCACAGAUAAAGAUGCGUUACAAAGAUUACAGUAGCACAGCUGUUUUGGCGCUGUGCACCAUGGACCAUGAGAAAAUCAACAACGACUUGAUCGUGACUUUACUAGAGUGGAUUGUCGACCCAACAAAGCACGAGCACCCUAAGAGCGGCGCUAUCCUGGUUUUCCUCCACGGCAUGGCGGAGAUAAUGGCCCUGUUCGAGCAACUGAUCAGACACACUGUCUUCAGCGCCAAAGAUAGGUUUCGUAUUCUCCCGCUCCACUCAUCUCUGUCAAGCGAAGAGCAGGCCUUGGUUUUCAAACGGCCGAAAGAAGGUGUUCGUAAGAUCGUCAUCUCCACAAACAUCGCUGAAACGUCUGUUACCAUUGACGACAUUGUCUACGUCAUCGACUGCGGGAAAAUGAAGGAGAACAGGUACGACUCAACCAAAGGUAUGGAGAGUUUGGAGGAGGUCUGGGUUUCCCGAGCUAAUGCACGUCAGCGUCGUGGUCGCGCGGGCCGUGUGACAUCCGGGGUCUGCUUUCACUUAUUCACGCGUAAUCGCUACGAGUAUCACAUGAUUCAGCACCAGGUCCCCGAGAUUCAGCGUGUCCCGCUAGAGAAACUGUGUCUUCGUAUCAAGAUCAUGACGCUGUUCCAUGGGCGAGACGUCAAGGAAGUGUUGAACAAGCUUCUAGAGCCUCCAUCUGACACGUCAAUCAAUGAUUCCCUCGGCCGACUGCACAGCCUUGGAGCACUGGACACAAAAGAGAAUUUAACAUCGCUCGGUUAUCAUCUUGCGGCUCUUCCUGUUGACGUCAGGAUUGGAAAGCUGAUGUUGCUAGGUGCAAUUUUCCGCUGCUUGGACCCAGUCUUAACCAUAGGCGCCGCACUGAGCUACAAAUCCCCCUUCGUUGCGCCAUUUGAUAAGCGCGAAGAGGCUGAUAAGAAACGCAGCGAACUCGCGACUGGAAACAGCGAUCACCUGACCCUUCUCAAGGUGUACAACAAGUGGGCGGAGACGAUGAGUGUUAACAUGAACGCGGGGUAUCAAUACUGCAGGGAUAACUACCUGUCAAUCAAAACACUACAGAUGAUAGCCAGUCUCAAGUGCUUAUUUGCGGAGCUCCUCUCAGACAUCGGCUUCAUCGACAACAAGCUGACGUCACGACGGUUAGAGAGACUGGCACCAAGGACAGGAGAUGGUGUGCGCAUGGGCACUGGAGAAGCGAUCAACGCGAACGCUGAUAACCCGAAACUGGUGCUUGCAGUGCUAUGUGGGGCUCUCUAUCCAAACGUGGUCCAAGUAGUCAAACCAGGGACGAAAUACAAGGCAUCAAGCACAGGUUCCGUUCCCCUGGAGUCCAAAGCGGCCGAGCACAAGUUUUGGACUAAGAAUGAGGGACAAGUGUUUAUCCAUCCCAAGUCCGUGAACUUUCAAGUGAACUUUUACGAGAGUCCGUAUCUGGUCUACCACGAGAAGGUCAAAACCUCCAAGGUUUAUAUUCGCGAUACAAGCAUGGUGUCAGUCUACGCGCUGUUGUUGUUCUGUGGGGACGCACUGAAGCUCGAGCUCGAGAGGGGAGCGCUAGUUGUGUCUAUCGAUGACGGCUGGAUCCGCUUCACCUCGUCUACUCACCAGGUGGCCACCCUCAUGCGAGAUCUGCGGGUUGAACUGGACCGACUCCUCGCCGACAAGAUCGAGACGCCUUCGCUAGACCUGCUGACAUGCCCACGAGGGAGCAAGAUCAUCGAGACAGUCAGUACGCUCAUAGCCACUCAAUGACGUCACAAUUUAAGCCAAUGGCCACUCAAUGACGUCACCCACGAGGGAGUUAGAUCAUCGAGACAGUCAAUACGCUCAUAGCCACUCAAUGACGCCACAAUUAAAGCCAAUAGCCACUCAAAGACGUCAGCACGAGGGAGUAAGAUCAUCGUAAAAGUCAGCACGCUCAUAGCCUCUUCUCGUUCCCAUAGCUUCUCGGUCAUACUGACACAACGCAGCUGAGGAGCUCUGGGAACGAGAAUGGCUCAUAGCCGCUCAAUGAAGUCACAAUAUAAGCCAAUAGCCACCAAUCCUGUCACUGGUGGAAUACAAGCUAAAUGCGGCAUGAUAAGGAAUAUGAAGAAAAGGGAUAUAAAUUGGGAAAUUUGGGAUUAAAUGUGAAGAUUCACA